AUGUCUCCAGCUGCCACCACCAGCGGCGCUGCCCACGGGCACGUCAGAUUCCUCCCCAUCACCUACGACAGCAGCGACUCACAAGAAUCGGCCCUGAGGCUCAUCCAAAGCCUGUUUCCCCAAUGGACCAGAGACGACAUCGACUUCAUCCGCUUCACCGACGGCAUCACUAACACGCUGCUCAAGGCCGUCCAUCGGCAGCCGGGCCUGUCCAAGGCCGAGGUGGACCGGGAUGCCGUGCUGCUGCGCGCCUACGGCAAUGGCACCGCCGUGAUUAUCGACCGAGAACGCGAGGCCGCGAACCACGAGCUGCUGAUGAAGCACGGCCUGGCGCCGGAGCUGCUGGCGCGCUUUGCCAAUGGCAUGCUCUACCGCUUCGUGCCCGGCACCGUUGCCCAGGCCAAGGACCUCUCCGAUCCGGCGCUGAUUGCAGCUGUUGCUCGAAGGCUGGCCCAGUGGCAUGCCACAGUGCCGUGUCUACCCGACUCGGCAAUCAAGGGAGAGGCGCCUGCAGCAGACGGCAGCUCCGAAGAAGACGACAGCCGCAAGGCCAUGAUCGUCAAGGCUGCAGCGGGCAAGCCGAUCCCCAACCUCUGGUCGACUAUGCAGAAAUGGAUCCUGGCCCUGCCAACGGAGACGGAGCAGCAGCGCGAGAGACAGGCCCUGCUGCAGCGGGAGCUGGAGGAGAUGAUUGAGAAGCUCAGCCAGCGCCCAGGACUGGGGCACAAUGGGCUGGUCUUUGCCCAUUGCGAUUUGCUCAGCGCAAACAUCAUUAUCCACCGCGAGCCCGGUCAGGAGCUUUCCGUGAGCUUCAUCGACUACGAAUACGCUACACCGUCACCGGCUGCGUUUGACAUUUCCAACCACUUUGCCGAGUUUGCAGGGUAUGACUGCGACUAUGCAGCCAUCCCAACCCGGUCGCAGCGAUAUGCCUUUAUCCGCGAAUACAUUGCAGCAUAUGCCAAGCUUUCAGCCACGCCCAUGGACGUACAAGAAGAGACUGAUAAGCUCAUGCAGGAGGUGGAUGUCUUCCGCGGAGUCCCCGGCUUCUAUUGGGGUAUCUGGGCCUUGAUCCAAGCUACUAUCUCGCACAUUGCCUUCGACUAUGCCUCAUACGCUGAGCUGAGGCUCGGCGAGUACUGGGCCUACAAGGCUGAGGCGGACGGAAGUCGUGAGAAGAAGGGCGAGGAGAAGCCUCUCCGAGAGAAGACGUGGUCGCGAGACGAAUAG